AUUUUUACCGAAAAUUCCCCAAUUUGCGGCGCCCUUUGCCCCCAUGGCGUCCCCGGUUCCCAUGGCGACGGGGCGGCCCAUUCCACUCCUCCCCUGCCUGCAGACUUGGUACGUUCCAUGCAAAUGAACCCGCUGGCGCCACCAACCCCGCGUUCAAACCGACAAACCAAUAGGAAGCGAGAAGGCGGGGUUACGGUGAAGAUUGACAGCAACUAUAGCCUAUCGCAAGGCGAGGUGCCAUAAAACCGCCACAGGAAACCGCCAGCCUAUCAGAGGCAAGGAGGCGGGGUUAAGGUGAAGAUUGACAGCGCGCUGAGCCAAUCGCAAGGCGCAGCGCUCCGUCCCUCAGCGGCCGCCUCAGCCGCCGCUUUCCCGCCCUCCGGCAGCGGCCCCGGCCCGAGCCCCCCUCAGAGCCCCGGGACCCCCUCAGAGCCCCGGGACCCUCCCGGGCCGCCCCGGCCCCACCAUGGGCUUCCUGAAACUCAUCGAGAUCGAGAACUUCAAAUCGUACAAGGGCCGCCAGAUUAUCGGGCCCUUCCGCCGCUUCACCGCCAUCAUCGGCCCCAAUGGCUCCGGUAAAUCCAACCUGAUGGACGCCAUCAGUUUCGUGCUGGGGGAGAAGACGAGCAACCUGCGGGUGAAGACGCUGCGGGACCUGAUCCACGGCGCCCCCGUGGGGAAACCCGCGGCCAGCCGCGCCUUCGUCAGCAUGGUGUACUCGGAGGAGGGCGCCGAGGACCGCACCUUCGCCCGCGUCAUCGUCGGCAGCUCCUCCGAGUACAAGAUCAACAACCGCGUGGUGCAGCUGAGCGAGUACAGCGAGGAGCUGGAGAAGCUGGGGAUCCUCAUCAAGGCCAGGAACUUCCUCGUCUUCCAGGUGGGGAGGGGGUUUAGGAGCCUCUCAGGGGGUUUAGGAGCCUUUUUGGG